AUGUGGUACUGGGAAUGGAGUUCCUACUUGAACAUCAGGUAAUCCCAAUGCCUUUGGCCAAAUGCUUGGUGAUCACUGGACCUACACCCUCGGUUGUACAGACUGACCUACGUCAACCAGAUGGAUUGAAAAUGAUCUCGGCCAUGCAAUUAAAGAAGGGUCUCUCUCGAGACGAACCAACAUUUAUGGCCAUCCCACUCAAAUCGUCAGAGAACUCAGGGGAGACAGUCCCUAAGGAGAUCAUGCGCGUGCUAGAGAAAUACCGUGAUGUGAUGCCCGAUAGUUUGCCCAAGUCUUUGCCACCUCGGAGAAUGAUUGAUCAUGAGAUCGAGUUAGUGCCAGGGGCAAAACCGCCUGCGAAGAAUGCUUAUCGUAUGGCGCCUCCAGAGUUAGCUGAACUUCGGAAACAGUUAGAUGAACUACUGAAUGCAGGGUUUAUCAGGCCUGCAAAAGCUCCGUAUGGGGCCCCAGUUCUUUUCCAAAGGAAGAAAGAUGGGAGUUUACGACUGUGCAUUGAUUAUCGCGCCCUAAAUAAGCUCACAGUCCGUAACAAGUAUCCACUUCCCAUAAUUACUGACUUGUUCGACCGCUUACAUGGGGCAAAGUAUUUUUCAAAGUUAGACUUGCGGUCGGGAUACUACCAAGUGAGAAUUGCAGAGGGAGAUGAACCGAAGACAACCUGUGUCACCCGAUAUGGUGCGUUCGAAUUCCUCGUAAUGCCAUUUGGUCUCACCAAUGCCCAUGCCACCUUCUGCACGUUGAUGAACCAGGUCUUCCACGAAUAUCUCGAUAAAUUCGUAGUAGUCUACCUGGAUGAUAUAGUGGUCUAUAGUACGACCAUGGAGGAACAUAAGGACCACCUACAAAAGGAAUUUUUGGCCGAGUUCGACUUCGAAUUUGAGCACAAGAAGGGGUCGAGCAACCAGGCUGCGGAUGCCCUAAGUCGAAAACAAGAACAUGCAGCCAUAUGCCUGUUAGCUCACCUUCAGGGGAGCGAGAUUGGUGGGUCGAUCAGAGACACCUUGAGAGAGUUCCUACAGAAAGAUCAUGCCGCUCAGAAUGUCAUGAAUUUAGCGAAGGCGGGCAAAACACGACAGUUUUGGGUCGAGGAAGACUUGGAAGAACCCUCAAGCCCUCAAUUUCACGAAGGAGUGGAGACAGACAAACGACAUCGCCCGAGCGUACUUAGAAAAAGCAUCGAGACGGAUGAAGAAGUGGGCAGAUAA